AUGGCGAAGGAGGUAUGGGAGAGCCUCAAGACAAGGUUCGUCGGCGCGGAUCGAGUCAAGACUGCGCGCCUCACCACGCUCAAGGGGGAGUUCGACAAGCUGUGCAUGGUGGACGGCGACGUGCUUGACGACUACGCCGGGAAGAUCAGCGGCAUGGCCGCGAAGUUCGCCGGUCUCAGGUCCACGCUCGACGACGUCACCAUGGUGAAGAAGCUGCUCGACACCGUGCCUAAUCACCUGUACCCGGCGGUGGCUGGCAUCGAGCAGUUCUGCGACGUCGAGACGAUGGCAUUCGAGGAGGCGCUUGGCAGGCUGAAGGCGUUCGACGAGCGUUCACGACAGCGCGCGCAGAUCAUCAGCGCGCAGGUGGCGAAUGGGGGUCAGGCCGGCGGCGACAAGCUUCUGCUCGCGGAUGCGGACAAGAAGGACCGACAGUGGGCGAAGUCCGGCAUCGGCAAGUGCUUCAACUGCGGAAUUCGGGGUCAUUUUGCACGGGAUUGCCGCAAGCCCAAGAAGGAGGUCGUCAUGGUGGCCACGGCGAAUGUCGAGGAAGAACAAACUCUGCUGUGA